AUGAAUCCUCUAGUUCUGGCUGCCGGGACAGGAGAGAGCCUGUGGCUUCCCAGUUCAGACCCUGCCCUUCUUCCUCCUGCAGCAGGCCCGGCCUCCAGCACCCCCAGCCCCCUGCUGGCUUCCCUGCCCCUGCCCACCAGGCCUCUGCAGCCCCCGCUGGACUUCAAGCACUUGCUCGCCUUCCACUUCAAUGGCGCCCCGCUCAGUCUCUUCCCCAACUUCAGCACGAUGGACCCAGUCCAGAAAGCUGUCAUCAGCCACACGUUUGGGGUCCCCUCCCCUCUGAAGAAGAAGCUCUUCAUUUCCUGUAACAUCUGUCACCUGCGGUUCAACUCGGCGAACCAGGCCGAAGCACAUUAUAAAGGCCACAAACACGCCAGAAAACUGAAGGCUGUUGAAGCGGCCAAGAGCAAACAGAGGCCGCAGAAGCCAGCCCAGGACGGAACACCGGCAUCCCCAGCCCCAACUCUGGCAGGUGGAGCAGCCGGAGAGCCACAGAGCAAAGCAGCUCCUCCUCCCGACCCCUCCCUCCAGCCAUCACUGACUCCGGACCCCACACCGAGGGAGCCAGCCCACCCAGACCUCCUGGAUGCUGCCUCUUCUUCUUCUUCUUCUUCCUCUUGCCCACCCUGCUCCCCAGAGCCUGGGUCGGAGGUGCCAGAGCCGGAGCCGCUGGCGGCUGCCGUGGGAAGCAGUGUGAGCGGGGAAGGCCGGAGUGAGAAGGGGCGUCUCUACUGCCCCACGUGUAAGGUGACCGUGAACUCCACCUCUCAGCUUCAGGCUCACAACACAGGAGCCAAGCACCGGUGGAUGGUGGAAGGCCAGCGAGGACCUCCCCGGAGGGGCCAGGGCCGCCUGGUACCGCGGGAAGGAGCUGGACACAAGGCCAAAAGAGUGUCUGGGGGUCGGGGGAGCAGGCAGGGGCCCAGCCCCACCUUUCACUGUGCUCUCUGUCAGCUCCAGGUCAAUUCAGAGACCCAGCUCAAGCAGCACAUGAGCAGCAGGAGACACAAAGACCGCCUGGCCGGGAAGCCCCCCAAGCCCUCCAGCCAGCAGAGCAAGCUGCAGAAGCAUGCAGCGUUGGCUGUGAGUAUCCUCAAGUCCAAACUGGCCUUGCAGAAGCAGCUCACCAAGACGCUGGCGGCCCGCUUCCUGCCCAGCCCGAUCCCCACUGCAGCCGCGGCCAUCUGUGCCCUGCCUGGGCCCCUGGCCCUCCGGCCUGCCCCUACAGCAGCCACCACCCUCUUCCCGGCUCCCAUCCUGGGCCCAGCUCUGUUUCGCACCCCGGCUGGAGCUGUCCGUCCUGCCACGGCACCCAUAGUCUUUGCCCCCUAUUAGCUGCCCCUGGAGGCCGGGGCUGAUUUCUCGGCAGUGGGCAUCCAGCUCCUCUGCACCUUGCCCUGAGAUGCCCAGGUCCCUGCAUCCCACAGAGGACUGCUUUUUGCAGCCUAGGGGUUUCUGCUGGAUUAAUUUUAAGGACAGCUGCCCUUCACUCUGUCUAGACUGGAGGUUCAGCUAAUCCCCCCUGGUCCAAGGACCAUUCCCACCUUCCAGGACUAGUCUUAGGCUCCCCGGCACUUCCCAGUCUGAUUUAUGGGGAAUAAACUGAUAAAUUCCAAAGAUCUAUGCAAAACCCCACCCCAGCCCUGUGGUGCUCAUUUUGCCCACCCAAGACCUUUAUCUACAUGGCCAGAUGCCCUAGGGAUCUUAACUAGACAGGGGACAACUCCAGUGCCCCAGGGAAACUGUCGCCACUUGCUGGAUUCUCUGGCCAAUCGCUGGAGGGGCUCCAAGGCCAACCGGACAGUGACCGUGUGGAGGAGAAAGGAAGCAGUGCCAAGGUGGGGGUGGGGUGCUGGCUGCUCUGGGGCCUCAUGCUGAUGGAUGGAUGCAGCUAAGAGAGGGAUAGGUGAGUGUGAUGUUCUGACCGCCCCAUUUUAAGAGUGACCAGUCCCAUAAAAGCUCUCCCCUAUUCCUCCUGAACCCCAGCUCUCAGCAGAGAACUGGGUCUCCCUCAGACUAUGGACCUAGCUGACACCAAAUCCCCCCAGAAUGCCCAAAUGAAGAGCCUCCUCUUCUAGCUCCCCACCCCAAGCUGGUCCCUAGCACCACUUAGCUUUCCCUCCUCCCAUCCAGCACCCCAAGUUCCAGCUCACUGUAAAGCUGAGUAUUGGGACCCCUUCGAAGACCCACUUUCAUGCUGUCAAAGUCAAUGUCACCACCUCCAUCCCACCCCACACCCCCUCACCCCAUGAUAUGGGACUUUGCCAGUGUCCACCUGUGUUUUUGUUUUUUAAGAUAUUCCCAAUGAAUGGACAUAGAAAAAAGGGAGAAGGGCGGGGAAAUUUUUGGUAACAGUUGUGGUUUUAUUGUGUCUGACAAAUCAAUAAAUGAACUUUAAACCUGAACUUAUGGCCUUACUCAACCUGCCCAGUCCUGGACCAC